AUGGCUGAUGCACUCAUUUCUGUGCUGCUACGACAAUUAGCUUCAAUAGCUUAUCAACAAAUAGAAAACGAGGUGAGACUGGAUUUCGAUGUUGAGAAAGAAGUUGCACAAAUCACCAGCAAUCUCAAAGCUAUUCAAGCUGUGCUUGAGGAUGCGCAGAAGAGGCAAGUGAAGGAAGCCAUCAUGAGAGAUUGGUUGGAGAAGUUGAAAGAUGUGUCAUAUGAGAUGGACGGCAUGCUGGAUGAGUGGAACACUCAAUUUCUAAGCCAAGAAGUUGAGAAACAAGGUGGAGGAGGUAAAGAUGCUCUUGUUGCCAAGAAGAAGAUAUGCUUCUCCAUUCCCUUUCAUUGCUUUUGUUUUAACCAAGUCAGUCGGAACACAGAAAAAGGCAUUGAACAUCGACCAGAAAGUUCAUCCUUUGUCGAUAUUUCUAAGACAUUCGGUCGAGAAAAUGAAAAAGGCUUUAUUGUAAGCAAGUUGUUGAGCGAGAGUAGUGUAAAAGGGAGUGAUCCCCUUGUUAUCCCUAUUGUAGGGAUGGGAGGAAUUGGAAAGACAACUCUUGCCCAACUGGUUUAUAAUGAUGAAAGUAUUAAAGCCCAUUUUGAAACAAGAAUAUGGGUCUGUGUUUCAGACCCCUUUGAUGUUAUCAAGAUUGCCAAAGCCAUCAUUGAUGGUAAUGGUACCCCAAACUCAGAUGGGUUGGAAGCUUUCUUGCAAUGUAUGUCUAAAUCCAUCGAGGGUAAAAGGUUUCUCCUUGUCCUAGAUGAUGUGUGGACUCAAGAUCAUAGAGAGUGGGAACAAUUGAAGUUACCUUUGCAGAAAGGUUCUACAGGUAGCAGAAUAUUGGUGACCACUCGAAAAGAGGAGGUUACCAUAAUGAUGGGAGCGAGGAUAAGUAACAUGAUCCAUUUGAACGAACUGAGUGAAGCGUGUUGUUGGUCAUUAUUUUGUCACAUUGCAUUUUUUGAUAGGGGAGAAGAUGAGUCUGAUGUGUUUGAAGCUAUUGGUAAGGAAAUUAUAAAAAAGUGUGAGGGUUUACCUCUUGCUGCAAAGGCUUUAGGUAGUCUCAUGCGAUUCAAAAAAACAAGAAAAGAAUGGGAAGAUGUUUUGCAUAGCAAGAUAUGGGAACUAGAAGAGAUUGAACAAGAAGUUUUUCAACCAUUAUUACUGAGUUAUUAUGAUUUGGCCUCGGCAAUUAGACGUUGUCUUUUGUAUUGUGUUAUUUUUCCAAAAGAUUAUGUGUUUGAAAAAAAUUAUUUGAUUGAUUUGUGGAUGUCACAAGAUUAUCUUAAUUUGGAAGAAGACAAAAACAAAGGAAUUGUAGGUCAAAAUUAUUUCAAUAACUUGGUAAUGCGGUGUUUCUUUCAAGAUUUUAAUGAAGAUGACGGCGGGAAUGUUACAGUCAAAAUGCAUGAUAUUGUGCAUUACUUUGUGCAGCUUCUUACCAAGAAAGAAGCUUUUAUUAUAGAAGUUAAGAAUCCCAACAAGAGAAUUGAGGUGCCUAAUUAA